AUGCCCUCAUCUAACGAUGACCAAUUGGCCUCUUGGAUAAUGCUAUUUCUAAUAAUUAAUUUGCAGGUUGCCACAGGUAUGCCAGUUGUACUUCUGUUUCUUACACAGUGGAAGAGUCCGGACAAAUUAUAUAUUAAGGUAGUAGAAUUAGAGCCAAAGAUCACAACACUAGGCACGAAUCUCGAUGAGUCCGUACGCUUGCAGAGGGAUCACGAUGAGACUCUUAGGAAUAUACAGAACCUACCCGGCCCAAUGGACGAAUUCGUGCAAAAAGCGGACAAACUGCUCGCUAGCAAGCGCAUCAGUUCGGAACUAGUCAAUGCCAUGGCCGAUACGCUUAAUAUUAUUUGGCAAGAUAUCCUGCAUCUCCUGCACGACCGUCAACAUAUACUCCACCUUGCCACACAAUUUCACGAAAAGAUGGUGCAGUGUCAGCGCCGCAUGGAUCAGUUGGAAGUCGCCUGCAUCGACACAAUGCUGCCUAUCGAAGUGGCAGCGGUGCAAGAGUUCCUGAACAAAUUCAAACAGCUGCGCAUCGAUAUGCUCACCGCGGUUAUGGCAGCGCUGAAAGAUGGCAAUGAGCUGUUGUCACAGCUAAAAGAACUCGUCGACCUCGAAUCGUUAGACACGCGGCCCGAACAUAUCAAACGAGAUGCCACACGCGCCGUUCAUCAAGUGCAACAGUGGCUGGAGGCGUUACACGAUAGACGCAAUGCGCUGGAGAGCGCGUGGCAGACGCGCAAAACACAGCUAGAACACUGCCUUACAUUGGCGCUGCUCGGCCGUGAGCUAGACGAGGUAGAGACGGCAUUACGACAGCAGCGCAACGAAAUCGACAGUCUCUUUAGUUUGGGCGAGUGCGAGCAUACGGCGAAUAAUGCGCUGCACAACUAUCGCGAAUGGAAACAAGUGGCGCUACAACUGCGAGAUCGCGCACUCAAAAUCACACGCGCCAAAGAGAAACUGCAGGCGUCGGGUACCUUUACUGGCGAUGAGGCGUGUGCACGCGCAUACAAUGUGCUUAGCGCGUGCACGGAACACCUGGACCUGGUAGAUCAACGUGAACAUUGGCUGCAGCAAUCGCGUGAUUUCUUCGCCAAAGCCGAGAAUACGUUGAGCGUGUUGGAGAAACUUGAAGUGGAGUUGGCGAAUGUGCGACUGCCACCAAAUUCGCCAGAAAGUUUUGCAAUGUACGCGAAGGUAGCGCGUGAUGUACGCAGCUUCACCGAGGAGCCACUGCGACUCGGCUAUAGUAUACUGGACGAGGUGGGGCGCACGCAACCGGAGACGCAAGGUGUGAAGCGAGUGCUUGACGAGAUCGAAAACCGUAAAACCUAUAUCGAAAGCGUAUGUUCGACAAGCAACGAGGAUCAUCAGCGUGUACAGAAAGCGCUUUCGGACUUUCUCGCCCAAUACAAUGAUUUACUCAAUUGGUUGAUGUCUUCGGGGCAAUUGUAUUUGCAGCAGCAUGUCGAUAUGGGUAGCACGCUACAACAGAGCAAACAAUUUUUGCUGCAGCACCACGAGCUCAUGCAGGAUCUGGAGAUCAAGGGGGAACUAAUAAAUCUUCUGCUCGAAUCCAUUAAGGCGCAUCUAGAAUCGUUGAGUCCGCAGCAACGUUACGAUGUAGACUCGAAGGCUGAGGCGCUUCACAAGCAUUGGAUUGAGCUUAAGGAUUUGGUGCUGAAACGUGUCGAUUGCGUUUCGAUGCUAAUUGAAUUUUUCGAGAAAGCGAAUGAGCUCGCUAGUCAGCUGGAUAAUUUGGAUAAACAGCUAAAACAGACGCCAGACGAGCAGAAGCUACAGUUCCUGCAGGAAAAUUGGAAACAUAUACGUGACGAUUACGCUGAUUUAAAGAGUUUUGGAAUGCGAUUUGUCAACUUGAAAAUUGUGGAUCCGUAUCUCGAGACGAAAUCCUCAGUGAAGGCAGUCGAAGAUAUCCUCAACGGUUUCAGUAAGCGUCAAGUCGAUGUAACAACCAGUCUAGACAAUUGGACAACGCAAAUUGCGGAGAAACGUGAAGUUGAAAUUAUACUGGAGAAAAUCAUGAGUGACAAUGAGGAGACUGCCACGAAGACAACCCAAGUGGAUACACAACUGUAUCCGGUUUUCACUUCAUCAUCCGUUGAUGCGCGCCAACUGCAUGCAAUCACCAACGAGAAGCUGAUGCAUGUCCUGCAGGACAUCGACAAGGCACAAGAUGAGCUACAACAUCGCAUACACACCACACUCGGCAUACAAACGAAGAAUUCCGAAUCAUUGCAGAAAAUCGAACAGGUCAUUAGUAAUUUGCGUUCAUUGAAAUCCAAAUUGGAAGGCAUACGCUACGAUUAUAAAACGUUGCUGGAGAAUAUCCUGAAAUUCUUGACGGAGAUCAGCGAACUGCGACGCAACAUCGAUGACUUUUUCGCCAAACAACAGCAACAGCAACAAUUUGGUGGCGGCGGUGAGGUGGCGGACAUUGAACGCACCAUAAUCGAGCACGAGAAAUUCCGUGAUGCUUGCAUGGAUAAAUUUAGAUCGUUAAUCACACAAUCCGAGCUGCUGAUCGAUCGAGUGCGUGCACUGGAACCGCCGGGUGCACGCGAAAUCGACACCGAUCGCAUUCUCAAGUUGCUGGAGAAUUUGCGCAUUCAUUUCGAGGCGAGCAACAGUGAGAGAAUGUCGCAUCUGGAGCGACUCGGCAAGCUGGAACAAUUCAAAACGGAUCUAGGCGAUAUUAAUCGCAGUCUGGAUAGUGUCAGCAAACAAUUGAACGAGAUCAAUGGACAAAGUGUUGACAGCUUGGCGGCGGCGAAGACCACUUCGUUGGCGUUCGAGUAUUUUGAGCGAACCAUUGAGCUGCUAGAGAAGCGCAUAGAUAAGUUUACCGACAACACAACACAACAGCUGUUGAUUUCUAAUCCAGAAAGCGAGUCAUAUGUGCGAGCGGAACUACAAAAACUCAACGAGAAAUGGCACAAUUUCAAGGAGCAGGUGAAAAACAAACGCAAAUCCCUGGACCAGGCGACCGAAUUUUUCGAAAUGGUAGAAAAAAUCGACGCCGAAUACCGCGAGAUCAACUACUUUUACAACAGCGUAUCCAACAAGAUCACCUACCUACGCGAUCCUGUCGAAGCCUCGAAUCUAGUCAACGAUAUUGAAAAGUAUGUGGCCGCGCGUGAGGGUCCACUGCUUGAAAAACUUGAAAAUGCCGCUCAGUGCGCGCACGAUUUGAACAAAGUUUCUACGCUCUACAAUGAUGUACGCAGCAUCUUUCAAGCUUUUCUGAAACUUAAGUCCGACAUAAAUGUCGUGCAGGAGCGACUGAAGAAUGAGGAACGCUUACGUGAACAACGUGAUAGGGAGGCACGUGAGCAGGCGGAGCGUGAACGCGCUGUUCGCGAAGCAGAAGCCAAGGAACGUGCUGCCCGUGAGGCGGAAGAACGGGAGCGUAUCGCACGGGAGUUAGCUGCGCGUGAGCAGGCGUUACGCGAAGAAGAAGCGCGUCUACAAGCAAUCCGCGAGCAGGCAGCGCGCGAGCAAGCAGCACGUGAAAGGGCUGCACGUGAGGAAGAAGCGCGCUUACAGGCACUGCGUGAGCAAGCACAACGCGACGAAGAAGCGCGUCUGCAAGCAUUGCGAGAACAGGCUCGUCGUGAGGAAGAGACACGACUAGAGACAUUGCGUAUUGAGGAGACUCGUCUGCAACUGUUGCGCGAACAAACUAAGCGUGAAGAGGAGGCGCGGCUAACAGCAAUACGUGAACAGGCCGCGAGAGACGAAGAAGCACGACUGCAGGCGCUACGUGAACAAACAGCACGCGAAGAGGAAGCACGCUUGCAAGCGCUGCGCGAACAUGCAAAACGCGAAGAAGAGAGUCGCUUGUUGGCGCUACGGGAGCAGGUCACACGUGAAGAGGAGGCUCGCCUACAAGCGCUACGUGAACAAACGAAACGAGAGGAAGCUGUACGCUUGCAAAGUGUGCGCGAUCAAAUCGAUCAUCAACGCAUCGUUACCGAGAAUAUACGCAAAGAUAUACAAGUGAACGAAAUCUUCACGGAAAUCAAAUAUGUGUCACCACGCUUCAAUCGGCUACUCAAAGAUGCGAUCACGCGUGAGGGUGACAAGUUCACAUUCGAAUGUGAGGUCACAGGAAAUCCCGAACCGGCUGUCGAGUGGUUCAAAGAUGGCAUAUCCAUACAAAAUAAUCCCGAUUAUAAAACCACCUACGAUCGUGGUGUUUGUCGAUUGGUGAUCGAAGAGACUUUCACUGCCGACUCGGCGCGUUUCAGUUGUCGCGCUUCAAAUUUGGUGGGCAGCAAUGAGACUAGCGCUAAUUUAUCGGUGCGUGAAAAUGCCAUUGAAAUGCAAAUGGUGCCGCCCAGAAUUGUGCGUUAUCUGGAAAGUGGAAGGGCAACCGAGGGUAGCACAUUCGAAUUUUUGUGCGUUGUUAGCGGCAAUCCAUUACCCACCGUGCAGUGGUAUAAAAACGACAAAUGUAUUGAUGAUUCACCCGAUUACGUUAUCAAUUACAAUAAUGGGGAGGCAACAUUGCGUUUCGAGGAGGUUUUCCUCGAAGAUGAUGCUGUCUAUACGUGCAGCGCUUCGAAUCCUGCCGGCAUUGAGCAUUGUUCAGCCAGCUUGAUUGUAGAACCUCUGGAGCCGACAGAAGUGCCUCAUUUCAAAAUACCGCUUACCAAUGCAAUGGCUCGUGUUGGUCAAAAAGUUAAACUUGAAGCGCUUAUCGGUGGUAUACCACGGCCGGAUAUAUUCUGGAUGCACAAUGGAAAGCCAUACGUGCCACGAGAUAGUAAAUACGAGUACGGCCGCGCAACGCUCAUAAUACCCCAAGCUUACCCCAACGACGCCGGAGUGUACGUAUUGACAGCUAAAAAUUUAGCAGGCGAGGCAUAUAGUUCGUGCAACGUCAUCGUUAAAGGACGUCUCCCGAACGAGACAUCGGACUCAGAGUUGGCUUCCGAUAUGGAACCGAUCAAACCAUCGGUACAAUUGCCGCUGAAAGAUGUAUCGAUAUUCGAAGGUAAACCGGUGCGUCUUGAUUGUGUUAUUGUCGGUCAACCGGAACCCGAAGUCAUCUGGUACCACAAUGAGCGCCCAGUCAAGGAAUCAGCUGAUGUGCAGCUACUCUUCCAGGGUGAUCGGUGUUCGUUGAUCAUACAGGAAGUGUAUCAGGAAGAUGCGGGUAACUAUAAGGUCGUCGCCAUCAAUUCGGCUGGUGAGGCAUCGAGCAGUUGUGAGCUAAAAGUCACCCCGCUGAAUAUUGCCGAGCCUGCGACGCGUGCACAGUCCGAACGUCAGUCGGUGCCAAAGGAAACAUUACCGAAAUUCGAGAAAUUCCUUACCGAUGUGCUGGCGGAUGAGGGUGAAACGGUUGAAAUGGAAGUGAUUGUUAGUGGCGAUAAACCCUUCACUGCCAAAUGGUAUCUGGCCAACAAAGAGUUGAACGAGAAUGAACGUAUUUCGACGAUCGCCAAUCCUGCCGCAGGUGUGUUCAAAUUGAUUCUACGAAAUGUGGUUGCCGACGAUAGGGGUGUGUACACGGUUAAAGUUUCAAAUAAUGGAGGCGAUGCUAAGUGCUUCUCGCAACUAAACGUUAAAAGUGUAAAUGCACCGGAUCAUCAACGCAGCCAGCAAGUGGAACCUGUAGAGAAUUUAACUUGCCCUGAAUUCAAAGAAAUCUUCUCGGACAAGCAGGCACACGCUGACGAUAUGGUGAAGUUUGAGUGCAUUGUGAAGGGCAAACCGACACCCAAAGUGCAUUGGUGUUUCAACGACCAACCCGUGCAUGGACACAAUUUCCUAGUGUCGACAAGCGGCGACAGACAAGUGCUCACCAUACAAAAGGCCAGCAUUGAUACAGUGGGAAAAAUUAGUUGCAUAGCCGAGAACGAAAUAGGAAAAGCCACAUGUGCAGCUUUCUUGAGCCUCCUGGGACCAGGCAUGCAGCCGAUACCUGCCACCAGCGAUCUACAGACCACCACACAGGAACACAAUACCGAGUCGUCGCGUGUUACCAUGAAGAAGCAAACCUUCACUACCACUUCAACGUCACAAAUUAGCUCUUUUGAAGGCAAUAUCCCACAAACCGAGAUACAUCAUUCCUCGGCGCAUAUCGAUCAAUCGCUAAAACAGCUGGGCGCACAACGACCCGAAGUUGUCGAAACCCAUCACUAUCAGGAGUUGCACAAAAGCAAAGACAUGUCCGCACCAAAUGUACAAAAAAAAUUGUUCACUCUGGUGCAGUCGGCAGGCAACGGACUGGGUCAGCCUGCGAUCACCAGCAACAGUGGCGUAGUGGUGCCUGAAUCGCCCACGCGCCUACGCAAACAAAUUGCGCCGCGUUUCACCACCCCGUUGACGGGUAGAAUUGUGGAUCAGGGCACAGAUGUGGCAAUGGAAGCGAUCUAUGACGGCUUCCCCUCGCCCGAAAUCAAAGUGGAAAAGAAUGGCGAACAACUGUUCGACAAUCAGCGAUUAAAGAUUGAAAAUCGCUGCAAUCGUGUCAGUAUCGUGCUGAAGGAAGUGGGUGUGGCAGAUGCGGGACGCUAUGCAGUCACCGCCACAAAUACGAUGGGACAAUCAACGAGCACUGCCGAUUUGGUUGUGAAGAGUAAGUACAACAUUCGUAUAAUUGAAGAGUUAUGUCUGUGGAUAAAAAGAGGAUGCUCAUGGAAAAAAGUCUCGUUAUUCUCCGGUCACUAUAAAAUCCUUAAAAUAAUACGAAACUUUGCUCUUAUAACGAUUUCAGGAGAAUCCAGUGACUCAGGCAAAUAUAUGGUAAAGGCCACCAACGCCGGUGGUGAAGCGAAGAGCAUUGCCGAUUGUGCGAUACUCGAACCGACACCAGAACGUUUGCAGGAAGUUGUCAAGACUAUCCUUUAUGAAACACCAACUAAUUUAAAAACUGAAACCUUCGCAAAAGAGCCACCGUCCUUCCAAACGACACAAACCGAUAUUUCAACCUCAUCCGAUUUGCAUGGCUUAUCUGAGUCGAAAAUAAUAACUGAGCAUCGUUGCACCACCGAGGCAACAAUGCGUCUAGAACACAAGCAAGCUUACUUAGAUCUGCCCGAAUUGAGCGAACGUCCAAAGACGCCAAUAACUGCCACCAGCAUCAGCACAAACACGGAUCUGCCCGAUUGGCAACACCUGAAAUCGGUAUCGACCAACACAGACAUCGCACGCUCUAAAACUGGCGCCACGCAAACACCGCCGCAAGUUCCACCCAAACCUUAUUCAGCCUCUAACACCACUGCCCAACCACCACCUCUACAAUCCACACAACCACCCCAACAGCCACAUUUCCAACCCACGCUAAGCACAGAACUCGACGGUAUCAGAGGCGACGCUGCGACUUUGGCGUCUUCCACAACGACCUCAACAUCGAAAUACGAAAGCUCAACAAGCGAGAAAAAGUCCUCAUCUUUCGAGUUCUUCAAGAAAAUUGAAAGUCAGGGUGGCACUUUGCCCACGCCACCUGGAGAAAAACAACAGCGUCAAGAGGUCUAUGCAACGAACAAGCGAACCACACCGUUUGUAAUCUCGCAGCCAACCGGACCGCCACAGGCAGCCUCACUAGCACACACGCUCGAGGAAGAUCUCAAAAAUUUAAAUCUUGUACCCGGCUCACCACCAGAAAUUUGCUAUGUACCCAAGUUAGAUGUAGCUGGCGCCAAGCCUCAAGUGUUCAGUGAGCGCAUUAAAAUAUUGGAAGCUUCACAACAAUCUCCUAAAGAAGCUCCGCCAGGUGGAAUACGUACUUUACCGCUUGCGCCCGUUAGCCAAACGUUCAAACAUGAAACCACCGUAUCGAAGGAGGUGAAAGUUGAAUAUGGACAACCGAUUAUGCGUCCAGCAGCUACACUACCAGCACCACAGCAAUUUAAGCGUUCGCCCUCACCUAAACCCUCAGCGGAGGGUGUGGCAAUGUCAAAACUUUGGACACCAAAUCAUUUGAGCGGUUACGAGAGUUGUACAAGCGACAUAGAACAAUCCUAUAAAGUAGAAUCGGAGACACAAGCAAAGGCAGAAAAGCGUGAAAUUCAACUACAAAAGGUACCAACGCCGGCUCCGGACCUAAGCGCCCCGUUCCUCGUGAAGGAGGUGAGCAAAUCUAUUACGAUACCGCCAUCAACGCAGCGUGAAAAAACGCCUCUAGAUGAUAUUCAUUUGGAGCCCGGUACGCCGCCAGAGAUUUGUUUUGCACCAAAACCGGAGGUGCGUCGCCACUCUGUGGUCGAGCAAAUGGAAAGAACUUUAGAACAGAAUCUCCAACAAGGCCCAACCAAGGUGCUACCAAUGUCAGUGCCUACUCUCACACCUGGCCCGGUACCUCAAGCACCUAGAACACUUUCGACGGCUACCUACAAACCACCGCCGCCAGUUAUACCCACGAAAUUGACCGUUGGGCAAUCUUAUGAGAGUGAUUAUGAGAGCGAUCGUUGGAAGUAUAGUGGCAGCGAAUCCGAUGAGGCAUCAUUCCGACCAGUUGGUAAAAGCGUUACAGAUGGUUCGGCUGUAUCGGUACCGAUUGCGCCUACAACUCAUCACUCAUUCAAGACAAGUGGCUAUGCUGCAGAUACCGAGGAGAUUUCUAGUUUUCGCAAAAUGGAAUCUACACAACAGGAAAGUCGUUCAUUUUAUGAGUCUACCUCCAGUUCAAAAGCUACUCAACACCAAGUGACGCACACGCCGCCAGCGCCAAUACCUUCAGCGCCAAUCAAGACAGCACCACAACAGCAAUAUGCACCACAACCGGCAACAAAGCCAGCACCAGCGCAACCGGUCUAUCAGUCACCGCAAUUGGAGAUGCAAACACCGGCACAGCUCUAUUACACAAGCAAGCAAGAAGGUGGUCACGAGAAACAGGAGUACUCGGACAAAAAUGAGUACAGGCGAGAGGAGAAGGAUUAUAAGAGCAUGUCCAGCAUAAGCAGCAGCUAUUAUAAGGCCUCCAACAUAAGCAAUCUCAGCAAUAUUGGUGCACCAAAAUAUCAACCAGCACCUGCGAAGAUGCCAACACCAACUCCAGUUCACACAGCAGCGCCCAUCCCAGCUCAGCGCAAAACUCCAGCAGAGUUCAGUGACUACAGCAGUGAAGUAGAGGAGCGUUUCCGUUCUGUGUCACGCACCCAAGAAUCUGACGCCGACAUCAAAGGUUACCGUGUGGUAUUUCCACCAACGCCCACACCAAAGUCUAAUCUGACAAAUGGGCAUAAAUCCCCCGUAGUUGUGGUGACACCAUCACCAAUGGAGUUCGAGCCCGCACCACCUGCGGUGAGCACGUAUCCACGUCAGAAGUUUGAACCAAUCAAAAAGGAAAUACGUCAUGAAAUCAAGACCGAGUCCCAGGAACAAAAACAACACUUCCAACAACAAAAAACACAAAAGCAGCAAUAUCAGCAACAAACGGUGUACAAACCAAAACCAGUAGCCGCCAAGUUCAUUGCCGCUACGCAGCAGCAACAAGAGCAACAGCAGGCGCCGCGUACGCAACCAGCGCUCUAUUACAAUGCCAUAGCCGGUACACCGUUGCAUAUGGCCAAAAUGGCCACUGAGACGAAAAAUGUCAUGCAUAUGAAAGAAUCAUCUGAAACUUGCCAGCGUGUGGUGAACAUGCAGCAGACGAAACGCGUCAUACACUUUGACAGUCAGAAGGAACAGCAGGAGCGUCAAGUGAGUACACCACUCGAGCCGUUCCCUUACAGCCCAUCGCCCAGUCGCUUCACACCGACACGCCAGACACGUGCGCCGCCGCCACCUACACCGACCAAGUUCGUGCCAGGCGAGUUCCGCGAAAGCGAUUACGACAGUGAAAUAGAAAAUGCAAAAAUACGUCCACUCUGGACACCACAAGGCGAAUACGGUCCGCUACGCUUCAGACACGUCGAGCCGCCACAAACCGGACGUGCCUGCAGCGUGCCACGCGCAUACGAACGUGUGCUCUCGCCUAUGGAAUUCGAUCGUGGUCCAGAAAUGCCUCAGAAGAUAAAGAUCGAUCCGAAUGAAUUGCGUACACAGCGUGGCAGCAGUCUCAGCACUGGCGCUACCACUAAUCAGCGAACACAAUCCUUGAAUCGCCACGCAUCUAUGCAAAGCAGCAGCAGCAGCAGCUAUCAGCAGCGAUUUCAAACAUUGCAACGCGAUCACACUGUAGCCGAAACACGAUUUCCACGUGACGAUAUGAACUUGAAGGUGGGCUCGCCGCCCAAAUACGGUUACAUACAAUCGCAUAUCGAUCAGCAGGGCAAACAGAUGAGCUCCACUUUCUUGCAAAAAUCGCAGCAGUUCAUCAAGGAUAUCAGCAGUGAUCUGCACAGGAAGACUAACAAAACAACUAAGUUGUAUAAUGGCGAUGCCGAACCGAAGGUAGUUACACACUCUUUCCGGCCUGGUUUCAAGCGGGCACCCAGCGAGGGUGACAACAAACCACAAGCCUAUCGCGAUGAGUCGCGCAUCUCGCAAUACGGUACGAAAUGCGUCGAUCCCAACACCGGUCUAAUUUACUUCAAAUACGAUUUUGGCUAUGAGUUCGGUAUACUCUUUCCGGGCGAGGGUCACAAGUUUGUAAGCAGUCAGUGGAAUAGCUCGUCAUCGGCACUGCCACCGCGUCCCUCAUCUGUCACACCCACGCAUCAGAUACAAGCUGGCACAGGUCGAAAAUCACCGUAUCCUUUAAAUUUUGCCAGUGGUGGUGAUCUCGUCAUACCAGUCCAACAUGAACGUACCACCACGCCUACACCAACGCAUCUUAGAGCGCCGUAUGCGCGGCCACCAUCACAGAGUGGCUAUCAUUCUGAUACCACCACAGUCAGUCGUCGUCGUAGUCCAGCGCCAGGAGCGCGCACCAGUUCAAGUGGUGUGCAUAGACUUCAGAAACGUUAUAGUCUGCCAAAUACACAGGUUAUCGAUAUAAAUAUCGAUCAUCUUCAUGCCAACGAUCAAUUGACACGUCUACCACUUAUACGUUCAGUACCAGAUUUGCCAUCGGAUGUUCCUGUGAACGCACAUCUAAAUCGGGAUGAUUAUCCUAAUAGAGCGCCGCAAUUUAUAACGCCGCUCAAAGAAUACGCUGUCAUGGUCGGCCAAAGUGCUCGCUUCGAAUGCAUCGUACAAUCACACCCACCAUCGAACGUAAUAUGGGGCCGCAACGGCGUUGAAUUGCAGAACAGUCCCAAAAUUGUUAUUGAAUAUCGAAAUGGCGUCUGCCGUUUGACCAUACCACAAGCAUAUCCGGAUGAUGCCGGUGUUUAUUCCUGUACCGCCACUAAUCCCUUAGGCACGGCCACCACUUCCGGACAACUGCUCGUGCAAACCAAACGUUUAUGAAUAAAUUUUGCCAAAUGAAAUGAAGAAGUUUGGAUCUAAUUUAAACGUAGGCAUGUAAAAAUCUAGCAUCAAUGCGGAAUGUCUUAAACUUUUCAAAUGUUUCAUGUGUUUAUAGAAGUUUUUGAAAAAAAAAAAAUGAAUGUUCAAGGCCGCUUAAAUUUGAUAUUAAUUGCCCUGCAUACAUGCAUACAAACAUACAUACAUGCACGUGAAUAUGCCAUACAUGAUAAAACAGUUCAGAAUAAUAUUGUUUGUAUGUAUGUACAUAUGUAUGUACUCGUAUCUACGUAUAGAAAACGAAAUUUUUAGCGUUAUUGGGAUAUUACGACCACUCGAACGGAGUCCACUUGCAAAAAAAAAAAUAUUUACUAAAAUACUCAUCUGUUCAUUGCAUUGUCAGCAAAGAAGCUAUUACGGAACUAUUAGGCCGAAUUUUAAAAAAUGUAUUUAUAUGCCGAAAUUGUCAUUGUUUAUGCUUAUAUAACAAUAGUAUUACAUGUGUUUUUAUGAUUAUGAUUAUUAUUUGAAUAAAUUAUUCGUGGAACUUUCUUUUGAAGAAAA